AUGAAUAGACUGACGGAGUGGCUUGUGGAAGCCAAUUCCAAGUGCUCGGACUACCGCAAUAUGGUGAAGCUGAAUGCUUGGGACAGCCAUUUGGAAGACAUAAAGAUCUGCCUGGAGAUGCUUCAUUUGGAGGUACUGUCUCUCAGCGUGAACAAGAUCAAUAUGCUGAGCAGCCUGCAGAAUUGUCACCGGCUGAAGGAGCUCUAUAUCCGCAAGAACAAGAUCGCCAGUUUCGAAGAACUAAACUACCUGACCAAUGCCCCACAAUGCCACUUUAUUUCUAGGGGUCGGGUGGAGACGGAGGGCAAGAAGUAUCUUGAGCAGAAGGAAAAGCUCGAAAAGGAAGCCGUGGAGGCGGAAGCAGCCAUCGAUGGCGCCAAAAAGCGGUCCGAAAUCAAGAGACAAAUCAAUGAGAUCACUCGGGAGAUAUGUAAAAGAAACAUCAAGCGCAUUGAUAUGGAUGCAGAAUUGCGGGCGGCUGAAAAGAAACUGAACAAGGUGCCGGCCGAAAAACGCAAGUCCAAGUGCUCCGACUACCGCAAUAUCGUGAAGCUGAAUGCUUGGGACAGCGAUUUGGAAGACAUAAAGAUCUGCCUGGAGAUGCUUCAUUUGGAGGUACUGUCUCUCAGCGUGAACAAGAUCAAUAUGCUGAGCAGCCUGCAGAAUUGUCACCGGCUGAAGGAGCUCUAUAUCCGCAAGAACAAGAUCGCCAGUUUCGAAGAACUAAACUACCUGACCAAUGCCCCACAAUGCCACUUUAUUUCUAGGGGUCGGUGUUAA